UUUUUAUAAUACCCCCUUGUCUUCACUCUCUUCAGUUUGUAUAAUUCCAAUUUUCUGUUGACCGUUUACAAUCGUAUUAUUUACGUUGAAAAAAAUAUAUAUAAAACAUAUAUACAAUAUAUACAUACAUAUAUAUAAAUAUUAAGUAUACAGCCAACUAAACGUCUAGAACAAGACCUUGGUUCUCUCCAGUUGUUUGUGAUGAUUAUCUUGUGUAUGUACAAUUUAAUAAUUAAUAAAAAAAUAUGGAUAAAAAAAGUGAACAUUGUCUGUAAUGUAGACAAUAUUAAUAUACAAAUGAUUAUUAAUAAUAUUCCCUAGUUGAAUAUUUUUUUUUUUUUUUUAUUUCAAAUCAAGCUUUGUUAAUAUUUUUAUAAAAAAAAAAAAACGAAAAAUAAUAAUAAGUUAAUUAAUGUGUCUAUGUUGUGUUCAAUGACGCUUUAUCAUCAUCAUCAACAUCAUCAUCAACAACAACUACUUGAACAUCAAACUUUAUUUCAGCUGUCAAACAAUUUUUAAAUAGUUUUUUUCUUUUCUUUUAUAUAAUUUAUUUAAAAUUCAGCCAAUUAUUAUUUUAAAAAUAUAUAUUAAAAAGUUGACAAGAUUAAUUCAAUGAUUAAUGAGAAAUAGCAAUGGUUGAAAUGGAAAAAGAGUACAUACUUCAGUGGUCUGGCCAUGCUGAACGUAUCACUGAAAAAUUACGCCAUUAUGUAUCAAAUCAAGCACUCGUUGAUGUUACAUUACUUUGUCAAGAUGAAAAAUUACGUGUUCAUAAGCUGGUACUUGCAGCAACAUCUGAAUAUUUUGAGGAGUUAUUGGAGCAAGAUUUGGGUCAGGAACCAAUAAUACUUUUGAAAGAUUUAAAUUUUGAUAUUUUAAAAGCAAUGGUUGAAUUUAUGUACUGUGGAGAAACAACAAUUGCACAUUGUCAUUUACAAUCAUUACUAGAUGCUGCACAAUUAUUUAAGAUUAAAGAUUUAGAGUCUAUUGUUAAUUUUAUGAUGAUGGAUGACAAUAAAACUGAAGAAGAAUCAAAUACUCAAGAAGAAGAUUAUGAUUGUAGUUCAGCUAAAUCAAAUAUAGAUAGUAAUACAGAUGUUGCUGAUGAUGGUACAUGUGUCAAUAAUUUAUUUGAUGAUACAAUAUUAAAAACAAAUGAUGAUGUAUCAAGUGAUAAUGAGCGUAGUCAUGAUAUCAAAAUAUUAAUAAAUGAUACUGAUAGUACAAAUGAAUUAAUAACCAGUGAAUCAACAUCUCAAUCAGAUAGUAAUUCUGAUAAUGAUAAUGAUGAAGAUGAAGAUGAUGAUGAGGAUAAUGAGGAUGAUACAAAAUUAAUAAAUAGUCAUUUAGAUUGUCAUGAAUUAUCAAGUGAAGUUGGUGAAUGUUUAAAAGUAUAUUCACACAAAAAACGUACAUCAAUUGACAGUAAAACAAAUUCAAUGAUGAUUGAUAAAUAUCCUGAUCCAAUAUCAUCAUCAUCGUCAUCAUCAUCAAAUGAACUUGCAACAAAUUGCAUUGAUUUAUCUUGUGAUACAAAAUGUGAUACAACAUUACCAUCAACACUUGAAAUGCAAGUUACUGAUAACAUAUGGAAUCUUGGUAAAUUUAUUAAUGAUAAAAAUAAAAAUACAAAUGAUGAUUUAUUUAAAAUGUCAGAUUUUUCAACACACAGAAAAAUUAAUGAAUUAUUUUCAAUUAGUAGCUGCAAUAUAUCAAAUAAAAGACCACCAGUUUUACGUAGAAGUGUUAGACUUAAUAAUAAUGAUGAUACAAUCAACAAUAAUAAUAUCAACAACAACAACAGUGAAUUAAAUAAUUUAAAGAAAAAAGUAUUUAUUAAGAAAAAUUUUAAUUUAAAAACAUUAAAAUCUAAAAGAAAAAAUAAAGAGUCUGAUGAAAAUAAUAUUAAUUUGAGAAAACCAGUUAAUAAUAAUAAUAAUAAUUCAAGAUCACUGAGAAGUACAAGUAAAUUAAUUAAAAAAACAAAUUCAUAUAAUAAAAUUGUUAAAGAUGAUAAAACAAAAACAAUAUCAUCUUCAUCCACAUCAUCGUCUUCAUCAUCAUCAUCAUCUUCAUCAUUAUUAAAUAAAAAUAAUGAAACAUUUGUACCAAUGAAAUUAAAUACAAUAGCAAGUGUUGAUCGUUCAUUGUGGGGUGAUAUGUCUGAUGUUAUUGAAUACAGUGAAAAUAAUAAUAAUAAUAAUAAUAAUAUAUUGAAUGAAUAUUCAUCAAGCAAAGAAAUACCAUUUGCAUUGGGUUUGUUACCAUUGAGAGCAGCAUUAGAAAGAAUGCAAGCAGCACUUGAUUAUCAACCACGUAAAACUCGUUCAUCAGUUGCACCAACAACAACAACAACAACAACAAAAUUUGAUACAAAUAAUACAUCUAAAAGAAAAACAAAUUCUUCAAGUGAUAGUGAUACUGGAUCACCUAAAAAACAAAUAAACACUGAAUUUAUUGAUAAUUGCACAAAUAUUUUUCAUAAAAAUAUCAUAAAUGAAUUGUCUUCCCAACAAAUACAUCAUCAUCAUCACCAUCAUCACCAUCAUAUCAAUGCAAUUAUUAAUCAUACAACACCAGUCAAACGAUGACACAAUUAUAUUAUAUUAUUAUUUAUAAAAAAGAAAAUUAUAUAAUAUAUUUUUUAUGAAUAUUGAAAUUUAUUAUUUUUUUUUUUUUUUUUUCCAUUUUGAAAUAUUUUAAGCUAGGUGCAGGAUUGAUGGUUAUUUAAUUAUUUAAUUAAUAAUUAAUUAAUUUAGAUAUAAUAAUGCGAACAAAUUAAUUAUAUUUUAAAGCUCAAGUGCAUUUUAAAUUUAAGAAAAAUUGAAAAAUUAUAUAUGAAAAAAAAUUGUAAAUAUAUAUAUUUUUAUCAUUAAUUAAUAAUAUUAUAUGUUUGUUUAAUUGAUAAUAAUUUAAUUUAUCUUUUGCUUUAUGAGAUUUAAACAAAAUAUUUAAAUAAUUGAAUUGUGAUGUUUUUUUAGAUUAAUUUAAUUUUAAUCUUUAAUCAAUUUGUGCUGAUAUUUUUUUCUUUUUUUCGAAUUAUUAAUAAUUGUUAAAUAACAAAUGAGAUAUAAAUUAUAAUGAUAAUAAAUAUUUUUUCAAGUAAUAAAAUUUAUAUAUAUGAUAUGGAUAAAAAUAAAGUUUAUUUUUUUCACUAAUUUUAGAAUAAAUAAAUAAAUAAAAAAUCAACUCGUACUUGACUUUGGAUUUAAAAAAAGAUAUUUUAAUAAUUCAAAGUGUAAUGAAUUAUCAAUGAGAGUGAGAUGAAAAUUUAUUUCUAUUUUCAGCUUUAAAUUUUGAUAAAUAAUAAAAUUCACCUACGAAAUUGAAAAAAAAAAAAAAAAAGAAAAA